AUGGCCGUCUUCCGAUCAACGUCGCUCAACGCGCCCGGUUACAGCAGACUUCUCAAGCGGUACCCCGCGCUGUUCGGCGUGCCGUUCGUGCUCAUCGUCGUCGGCGCGUCCUUCGCGAUGCAGAACUUCACGCAGACGAAGUACGACCUGCAGUCGCAAAAGGUUUCUGCGAUGACGAAGGAGCAGGAGCUCAGGUUGGCGCAGGACAGGAAGAAGUUCGACAUCCGGGAAGAGUACUUCAAACUCAACGCGACCGCAGAACACGAUUGGGAGCCUAAGCGCAUUCAGCGACCGAAAGGGUUACCGGAGUGGGGCGUUCCGCCGCCAGAACCUCCAGCAGACCCGAAGAAGUCUCCAUAA